AUGGAUCUUGGACUAGGUCUCCAAGGCGAUGUAGUGGUGGUGACGGGUGCAGGAGGACAGAUAGGCCAGGUUAUAGUGGAAGCAUUCUUGGCUGCUGGCUGCUUCGUUGGCGGCUUUGAUAUCGACAAGUCCAAGUUUGUCAAGCAACACCAGAAUCUCUUCUGGGUUGCGGUCGACACUACUAGCGAGGCGGGCAUGAGUGUUGCAUGGAAGAGCGUUGAGGAGCGGUUUAAUGCGACUCCUACGCUUUGCGUUUGCGCAGCCGCAGUUGAUCUCAGCUUCAUCGAGCAUCACUCGUCUAUUACGAAGAUGCCGACUAGUCAAUUCCGCAGGACACUUGACAUCAACACAACAGGGACUUUUAUCACGGCCAAGAUAUGGCUCCAACAGGUGGAGAAAAUGCUCAAGAACAACAGCACGAAAACGAACGGCGCAAAUGGCACACAUUCACCAACAGGUCAACCACGAGACAAAAAGGAGAACAACAUCUCAUUAAUAAUUAUCGGUUCAGAGGCUGGGGACUUUGGAGUCGCCGGUAACCCAGACUAUGCAGCAAGUAAAGCUGCAGUUCAAUUCGGUCUCGUCAUAUCCCUAGCACCAGACGCUGCUCGCAUCCAUCCGUCGGCUAGAGUGAACUCAAUCUCCCCUGGAGCUGUCGAUACGAAUAGAUUCAGUGCAGAAUGCGAGGAGGACAGCUCCGGCACACUCAGGUGGAUCGAGUCCGAGGCGACGGUUGCUCAGAAGAAGGCGGUGGAUGUAGAGGGUAUUGCCAAGAUGUGUCUGGUGCUGGCGAGUGAGAAGUGGUCUCCUUCAGUUACCGGUCAGAAUGUGAAACUCAAUGGCGGAAAGAGUGGGAGGCUUUUUUGGAACCAGAAUGGUGAUGCUUUGUGGUGAUGCUUGAUAACCAGAUGGAUAUUCACAUUGAGAAACUUGCACAGAAACAGUUAGCGAGAACUUCAGGGAAUGAGAUAUCAUUGUAGUCAAUUGUUCAGACUCAACAUAGUAUCUUGAAAGGCUUAUCAAGCGUCUUCAC